AGGCAUACUGAUACCGGUGGCGAAUGGGUGUUGAGGAAGCCCCGCCCCUUACGGAAGUGACGCGGACCAAUCGGAACGCUAUGGAACAACGUCACGUCAGCAGACGUCGUGCGGGGAUUGGUAUGCUAGCUACAUUGAAACAAUCCGAACAACUCAAGCGCUCCAACAUUUCUCUCUCUCUCUCUCUCUUUUUAAAUUGUAGCACCGCAGCGCUUCACGGCGCUUUUAUUCCUGUUUCGGCGUCUGCGUUGUUUACCGGAACACACUUCCGGAGACGGUAACGGAGCGAGCGCGUGAACUUGUCGGUGUGUAAGUUUAUCUCACGUUACUUAAAAGUCGGCUGCUAUAAAGGCGAGUGUGUAGCGCUCGCGCUCCAGUGCUGGACUGUUUUCUCUUUUAAAAAAAUAAAUAAAAGGAAAUGUGUAGAAAUGCAGGAAUCGGUUCGGAUUGAUCCGGACGAGUUCCCGGUUCUAGACUCGGUCUCUCUCUCUAAUAAAAAAAUAUAUAUAUAUACAUAUGUAUAUAAUGAGGCUUAAAACAUAUUGAGUAAUAUGGCUCUUUGGACCUGCAGGAACAAUGUUUCCAAUUUCUAAGGAAAGGAUUCCUGCUUUCGGUUCUUCAUGGACUUUUUCAGGGGUUUUUUUUUCCCCCCCACGAGGAGACGUUUUUCCUUCCUCUGGUAAUGCUCAUUUAAUAUAAGAGACUCUAAAAGAAGCAUGCUUAUAUGGUUUAUAACCAUGCACGGAGUCUUAUAAGCGUGCAUACCGGCACUGAUUCAGAUUCAAGUGAAGCUACACGUUGAAGAGGGGGGGGUAAGUGCACUGUAAGUAAAAGUCGCCCACAUGCUCUGGUUUUGGGAACUGGAUCAGAAAAGCAUUGAACCCUUGCAGGCUGGUGGAAGAUGGCUGUGCUUCCCAGUAGGAGUGGGUGAGAGCACAACCUCAGGGCGCAUUGGAUCUACCGAUAAAGAUCUCGACCCGGACCGAAGGACACAUGCAGGCCAAAAAGCGGUAUUUCAUCUUGUUCUCUGCCAGCACCUGUCUCGUAUUGCUGCUGUACCUCGGUGGGGUGCAGAUCGCCGAAAGGAGCCCGGGUGGCAGCAACCGGCGUGGCCCGGAACCUCGCUGGCCCAGAUUUGUCGAGCACCUCCAACCUUUCCGUACGUCGGAGCAAAACGAGGACGACGUCCCGACCUCGCCGCGGGACAAGAGAGAUGCCGUCUCCGGAUUAUACAAGGGCCGGAUGUGCCGCAUGGACUCGUGCUUUGACUUCUCUUUGUGCAAGAAGAACGGCUUCAAAGUUUACGUCUACCCUCAAGAGAAGGGCGAGAAGAUCUCGGAAAGCUACCAGAACAUUUUAGCUUCGAUCGAGGGUUCUAGGUUUUACACGUCCGACCCGGGGCAGGCUUGCUUGUUUGUCCUGAACCUCGACACCCUGGACCGGGACCAGCUGUCCCCGCAAUAUGUCCACAAUCUGAAAGCGAAGCUCCAGAACUUGAAUCUAUGGAACGACGGCAGGAAUCACCUGAUUUUCAAUUUGUACUCUGGGACGUGGCCGAAUUACACGGAGGACUUGGGUUUCGACAUCGGCCAGGCCAUGUUGGCCAAGGCCAGCAUCAACACGGAGAACUUCAGGCCCAACUUCGACGUUUCCAUUCCUCUGUUCUCUAAGGAUCACCCAAGGACAGGAGGGGAGAGGGGGUACUUGAAAUACAACUCCAUCCCACCGUUUAGGAAGUACAUGCUGGUAUUUAAGGGGAAGCGCUAUCUGACCGGGAUCGGUUCGGAUACGCGGAACGCUCUGUACCACGUCCACAAUUUCGAGGACGUGGUCCUGCUCACCACCUGCAAGCACGGCAAAGACUGGCAGAAGCACAAGGACGCGAGGUGUGACCGGGACAACGCCGAAUACGACAAGUACGACUACAAAGAAAUGUUGCACAACUCCACUUUUUGCCUGGUGCCUAGAGGACGCCGUCUGGGCUCCUUCCGCUUCCUCGAGGCUUUACAGGCCGCCUGUGUCCCUGUCGUGCUCAGUAACGGCUGGGAGCUCCCCUUCUCCGAGGUCAUCGACUGGAACACGGCUGCCGUCAUCGGCGACGAGAGGCUGCUUUUACAGAUCCCCUCCACCAUCCGCUCCAUCCACCAGGACAAGAUCCUUUCGCUCCGGCAGCAGACGCAGUUUCUCUGGGAGGCGUACUUUUCCUCCGUUGAGAAGAUCGUGCUCACUACGCUAGAGAUCAUCCAUGACCGCGUGUUGCAGCACCUGAGCCGCAGCAGCGUGAUGUGGAACAACCUGCCCGGAGGUCUCUUCACCCUGCCACAGUACUCCUCCCACCUGGGACACUUCCCUUUCUACUACGCCCCGCUCGGUAUCAAACCGCAUCAGAGGUUCACGGCAGUGAUCCACGCUGUAACACCGCUGGUCUCGCAGUCGCAGCCCAUCCUGAAGCUGCUAGCAUCGGUGUCCAAAUCACAGUACUGUGCGCAGAUUAUCGUCCUGUGGAACUGUGACAAGCCUCUUCCUGCAAAGCAGCGCUGGCCUGCGACUUCUCAGCCUGUCGUCGUGAUUGAGGGGGAGAGUAAGGUGAUGAGCAGCCGUUUCCUGCCCUACAGCACCAUCGUAACGGAUGCCGUGCUGAGUCUGGACGAGGACACGGUGCUCUCCACUACCGAGGUGGAUUUCGCCUUCACGGUUUGGCAAAGUUUCCCCGAGAGGAUUGUGGGAUAUCCAGCCAGGAGCCAUUUCUGGGACGUCAACAAGGAGCGCUGGGGUUAUACCUCCAAGUGGACCAAUGACUAUUCAAUGGUGCUGACUGGAGCUGCUUUCUACCACAGAUAUUACAAUCACUUGUAUACAAAUUACCUGCCAGCCAGCUUGAAGAGCAUGGUUGACCAGCUAUCAAACUGUGAAGAUAUCCUCAUGAACUUCCUCGUGUCUGCCGUCACCAAGAUGCCCCCCAUCAAGGUCACGCAGAAGAAGCAGUACAAGGAGACCAUGAUGGGACAGCAGACAUCGCGAGCCUCUCGUUGGGCAGACCCGGACCACUUCGCCCAGCGGCAGACUUGCAUGAACAAAUUUGCCAGCUGGUUUGGCAGCAUGCCCCUCGUCCACUCCCAGAUGAGACUGGACCCCAUUUUGUUUAAGGACCAGGUGUCUAUACUGCGCAAAAAAUACAGAGACAUCGAGAGACUCUAACCGAAAUCCCCGAGAGCCCUUUCUAAAGGGAACAACGGAGCCUCGUGUCACCCCAUGUAGGGCGAGAACAAGGAGGAGGGGGUGGAACCCUCAGCAAGUGAGCGAGCUGGCCAGGAAGAGGUAGAUGGUUGAGGAGGGGGUUGUGCUUAAUGAGGUCCUGCUGUCAAAAAAUGUUCGACAUAUCAUUGUGCUUGUCUGAUCCACAUCACUUGUUUUACACUACAGCAGGGGUUAUUUUUUUUUUUUUUGGCAGUUGGACUAGCUUGGCACAACAUACACAUACAAACGCACACACGGUCAUAUCAGUGUGUCAGACGUCCAUCCCCCGUGCUCAUGUUUUAAUGCUUUGCCAAGGUUAACCGUGACCAUGGCGACCUUGGAUGUGACUGGGAACCAUACACACACGCACACACUUACACACUUACACACUUAACCACGCACAGUCCUGGACUUGAACAGAAAACGGUUAACAGGACCCCCGAAGGCUUUUGCCACCAGAAUUCGGUCCGUCUCAUCAAAACGCAUGAUGGGACGCACCCUAUAGCUCUUACCUGCAUGUUUGUUUCAUCAGCCUUCGGUCGGGUUCCUCAGAAUCGGCGGGAUCUCUACGUCCUGCCAAGGGGCUGAAAAACGAGACAGUGUCACAGUGCCUGACCUUUCGGGUUGCGCCUGGGAGUCCAAAUAGGAUUCAACUGAAUGCAAAAAAUUUUAAAAAAAGCACCCGUGUCAUGCUGCUUGUGUAUCUACCCAAAGUUCUCUCUCUCUCUUUUUUUUUUUUCUUUUCUGUUUGUUUUGUUUUUCAUCUGUGAUCAUAAGCGUUUCUCUCACUAAGAGAUCAUGACCCUGGCUCUUUAAAUUUUAAGCUCAAACAAGCCACUUGAAGCUAAACUUGUUGCACACUAUUUUCUGAGCCUGUGUGAUAUGAUUCGCAGCCUUUGGAACUAAAACACUGACAUUCAUUUGAUAUUUAAGUUUAAAUACGUUAAUAAUCAUGUUCUUUUAUUUGGAGAGGGUUAAUAACGCCAGUACUUUUUGUUUUCCCGCAUAUCAGAAUAUUAAUUUGCACAUUUUAACAUGAAGAAAUAUGGUGCAGUCCAAUAUGUACUGUGGUAAUAGUUAAUGGUUAAAGGUAAGGGAUUUUCUUUUGUUCGUUUAUUAUUAUUAUUAUUUUUUUUCAGAUUAUAAGGCAAGUUUAGGAAGUCUAAUAGAAAGAGGAAACGUAUAUCUGUGGUAGGUCGUUGAAUUGUUUUAUUGGGAGUGAGAAAUCCAAGAAAGCUGUGUGUAAAGUUAUUUAUCUUUGCCUCAUUAUUUCACAUGGAUCAGAUGGUCUGAGCUGAGUGAAUGUUAUUGUUAAGAGGUAAAAAUCUAUAUAUGUUUGUAAUACCAAAUCAUCUCCAUAAUUGCUUCGAUUGAAGCACCGAAAAAUCAGUAUAGAAACCGAUUCCCCCAGUGAAGAUUGUAUGAUUGUACCCUAAAGUAUUAUAACUUAAAUAAGUCUUUAACAUUCAUAUCAUUGCUCGUUCUUCACUUCAUUUUUUUUUUAUUUUUUUUUUUAUAUUAUUAAUUUUUUUUU